UCAGCUGGCCUCCGUCGUUCUCUCCGACAAACACAGCGAAAUGGCGCGGCAAUAGAAUCCGUUCUUCGAUCCAUCCAAUCUGACCGGGAUUAACUGCCAUCGCCGGCUAGAAUUUCAAUCGAGCUUCGUGAUAUUGAAUAAGUUUUUCUUCACGAACCUUACAAUUCAGAAGCUGGAAUUCGAAUCUAGAAAUGUUCACUCAAUUUGGAUCAACCUCCGAUACACUGAGUAAAGCUUCGACCAUGAUGUUUCGGAUCGGCACAGACGCUCACCUCUACGACGAUCCCGAGGAUGUCAACAUCGCUCCCUUACUCGACAGCAAGUUUGACUCCGAGAAAUGCGAGGCACUCAAACGCUUACUCGCUCUCAUUGCUCAGGGUUUUGAUGUGUCCAACUUUUUUCCUCAGGUUGUCAAGAAUGUUGCAUCUCAGACAUUGGAGGUGAAGAAGCUGGCUUACUUGUUCCUGUUGCAUUAUGCUGAAAAGCAUCCAAAUGAAGCGUUGCUGUCUAUCAAUUGUUUCCAGAAGGAUUUAGGGGAUACAAAUCCUCUUGUGAGGGCAUGGGCAUUGCGGACAAUGGCAGGAAUUCGUCUGCAUGACAUUGCACCUCUUGCUCUUGUGGCAGUGAGGAAAUGUGCCAGGGACCCGUCUGUGUAUGUCAGAAAAUGUGCAGCCAAUGCUCUUCCAAAGCUUCAUGAUUUGCACCUUGAAGAAAAUGCCUCGGCUAUUAAAGAGAUUGUACUGAUACUGUUAAGUGAUUCCUCCCCUGGUGUCAUUGGUGCUGCUGCUGCUGCAUUUGCUUCUAUCUGUCCAAAUGAUCUGACUUUGAUUGGAAGAAAUUAUCGAAGGUUAUGUGAGGUCUUACCUGAUGUUGAGGAAUGGGGUCAAGUAAUCUUGAUUGGAGUCCUUCUGCGCUAUGUUGUGGCAAGUAUUGGGCUUGUUAGAGAAUCCAUUAUGCAUUCUCUGCAUACUGUAGAUGAUUCAAGUUCAGAAAAGAAUGGCGUUGCAAAUAAUUUUACAUCAGCCAAAGAAGAUAGUGAGAUGAAUGGUUUUUGUGAUACUGCGUUAACAAAUAUGAUAUCCAGAUGUUAUACUGAAGGUCCAGAUGAAUAUUUAUCACGAUUAAGUUAUUCGAACAAAGUUUUUCCGAAAUUGGAUGAUGGACAUUUUGUGUCUAGUAAGGAGAAUGAUGAUAUCAGGAUCUUAUUGCAGUGUACAUCACCUUUGUUAUGGAGUAACAAUAGUGCAGUGGUUCUUGCUGCUGCUGGCGUACACUGGAUUAUGUCUCCAAGGGAAAACAUAAAAAGAAUUGUCAAACCAUUAGUGUUUCUACUCAGAUCAUGUGAUGCUGCAAAAUAUGUGGUUCUCUGCAAUAUUCAAGUGUUUGCUAAGGCAAUGCCUUAUCUCUUUGCUCCUCACUAUGAAGACUUUUUCAUCUGUUCUUCUGAUUCAUAUCAAGUAAAAGCAUUGAAGCUUGAGAUUCUUUCAUCCAUUGCUACCGAUUCAUCUGUUUUAUCAAUUUUUAAUGAGUUUCAGGAUUACAUUAGAAACCCAAACAGAAGAUUUGCAGCUGAUACGGUUGCUGCAAUUGGCUUAUGUGCCGGGCGUCUCCCAAAAAUAGCCAACACGUGUUUGAAUUGGCUAUUGUCUUUAGUAAGAAAGGAAACAUCGGCUUGUGACAAUGAAACGGAUGAAGAGGCAGCUGUACUGACUCAGGCAAUCACAUCCAUCAAGUUUAUUAUAAAGGAAGAUCCAGCUAGCCACGAGAAGGUUAUUAUUCAGUUGAUUCGUGGUUUAGAUUCAGUCAAGGUUCCUGCAGCCCGUUCCAUGAUUAUUUGGAUGGUAGGGGAGCAUAGCACCUUAGGGGAUAUUAUUCCUAGGAUGUUGGUUGUCGUUGCCAAGUAUCUUGCAAGGUCGUUUAUUUCAGAAGCAUUGGAAACGAAGUUUCAGAUACUGAAUGCAAUGGUUAAGGUCUUAUUGCGAGCAAAGGGGGAAGAUAUGCUAACAUUUAAAGUAAUUUUAGGCUAUAUUCUUGAAGUGGGAAAAUGUGAUUUGAAUUAUGACCUUCGUGACCGAGCUGUCUUUAUUCAGAAGCUCCUGUCAUCUCAUUUGGAUAUUGAAGCUCCUGAAGAGAGUCUAUCUAAGCCUAGGGAUCAGUCUUUGGAACUUGCGGAGCGCAUUUUUGGAGGACAGCUAAAAGCAAUACAACCCGAACCUAUCAAUUACCGCUUUUAUCUUCCAGGAUCUCUUUCACAAAUAGUUUUUCAUGCUGCUCCUGGUUAUGAACCUCUUCCAAAACCAUGCACUUUGGGUGAAGCUGCAAGUGCAUCAGGUGAUGGAGCAGCUGAGAGUGGUUCAUACGAGACGGAUAAUGCAGAGUCAUCGUCUGGAACCUUUGACGAGGAGAGUGCUUCUGAUUACAAUUCUCAGCAUUCUUCCAGUGGUUCUAGUAGUAGAGAUGAAAGCUAUGGGGCAAAAAAUCAACAAGAAAAUGAUGAUGCUGAUCCUCUAAUUGAACUUUCUGAUCAUGAAAAUUCUCAUAAAAUGCAGAAUGGAGCCUCUCCCUCUGGUUCUACAGAGUUGGAUGAAUUGAUGUCAAAGAAUGCCCUAGAAUCAUGGUUGAAUGAACAGCCAAAUGUAGCAAGUCUAAGUACCUCUGAGAAGCCUGAAGAUCGAAGAUCCUUUGCUAGAAUAUCUAUAGGUGAUCUUGGGAAACAUGUAACACGUAAAAGCUAUCCACUCCUGGAUCCUGCUAAAGGAAAUGGCUUGAAGGUGGAAUACUCAUUUUCGUCACAGACUUCAAGCAUAUCUCCUCUUCAUGUUUGUAUAGAAGCAUCUUUCAAGAACUGUUCUACUGAGCCCAUGACUGAAAUUAUGUUGGCUCAUGAGGAAUCGGGCAAAGUUGUAGAUUCAAAAGACGAAGUUGCAGUCGGAACUGAGAGCUCCUCUCCAUCUAAUAACAGUGUAACGCCACCAGUUUCCAUGGAAAACAUUUCAUCUCUGGGACCGGAUCAUACGAUCGAUAGAGUUCUUGAGGUUCAGUUCAGUCAUCACCUCUUGCCUAUGAAGUUAAAUUUGUACUGCAAUGGCAGGAAGCAUCCUGUUAAUCUACACCCCGACAUUGGAUAUUUUGUGAGACCACUUCCUAUGGACAUCGAAGCCUUCACAGCUAAGGAGUCUCAGCUACCGGGAAUGUUUGAAUACAUGAGGAGAUGCACAUUCACUGACCACCUUGGGAAGCUUAACGAUGAAAAGAACGACAGUCCAAUAGAAGAAGAUAAAUUCCUUCUCAUCUGCAAGAGCUUAGCAUUGAAGAUGCUCAGCAAUGCAAACCUUUUUCUAGUAACCAUGGAACUCCCUGUGGCUAACUUUCUCGACGACGCAACCGGUCUGUGCCUACGAUUCAGCGCAGAGCUUCUGAGCAACUCGAUCCCCUGCUUGAUUUCGCUGACUAUCGAAGGAAAAUGCUCAGAACCUCUACACGUAACUGUGAAGGUCAAUUGUGAAGAAACUGUAUUUGGGUUGAAUUUGUUGAACAGGAUAGUGAACUUCUUGGGGAACCCCUCUGUUCCCAGCAGUAAACGGUAACAGCUCAGUGAUUUGUUAACCAAAACUUGUGGAUGUUUCAAUGUUGUUUUUUAGAAAGAAAAAUGUUAGCUGUCAAGUAUCAUCAUGUCUUUAUUUAUUUGUAUAUUUUUAUUACUGUA